AUGGUCGAGGAUGAAGUCGUUGGCAAGGUUCUUGCGGGUGUGCCAGCAGAACUGCACAUCGAUCCUGCCGAGGAAAAAGCGGUUAUUAAGAAGCUCGAUCGGGUCAUCAUGCCCAUCAUGGCUAUUGUUUACUUCUUCCAGUAUCUUGACAAGCAGAGUAUCAAUUAUGCUGCCGUCUUUGGUCUUUCCGAAGAUUUGAACUUGAGUGGUCAAGAGUUCUCUUGGGCAAUCUCGCUCUUCUACUUUGGCCAGUUUUGCUCCGAGUACCCUGCUGCCUACCUGAUGAGCAGAUUGCCGAUCACGACCUUUGUCGGCGUUACUAUUAUAUUAUGGGGUUCGGUAGAGAUGUGUCUUGGCGCCUCCCAGGGAUUUGCUAGCUUGGGAGCUACGCGAUUUCUCCUGGGCUUUACUGAGGGCGCGGUUGCGCCAUCUUUCAUGAUCAUCACUAGCAACUGGUAUAAGCGCAGUGAACACACGAUCCGAAUCUCGACUUGGGUUUCCAUGUUUGGUGUCUCCCAAAUUGCCGGCGCCCUGAUGAUGUACGGUAUCGGCUCGACCGAGCAUGCCAUUGCCACCUGGCGAGUCAUGUUUAUGGUCUGCGGCGGUCUCACAGUCGCAGCCGGCAUUCUCUUCGUGGCGUGCAUGCCGAAAAAUACAAACACGGCAUGGUUUCUGAACGAGCGGGAGCGGGAAAUCGCUACUAACCGCCUGGCUAUCGACAGAGCCACCCGUGAUCGGGCCAAUUUCGACUGGGCUCAGGUUGGAGAGGCGCUCAGAGAUCCGAGGACGGCCCUUUUUGCGGCAACGGCUCUCUUCAUCACCAUUCCUACACCGAUUGUCAAGUUCUCCUCUCUCGUCAUCAGCGGCUUCGGUUACUCCAAGUUCCAGACCAUGCUCGUUGGCCUGCCCAGUGGAGCCAUAGCAUUCGUAUUGGUUUGGAUUGGCGGCCUGGGCCCUAGCUAUUUCCCUAACACACGCUGCUUCUUCGGUGUGUUCCUAGCUAUUGUUCCGAUGUUUGGAACUCUGCUGCUACUUCUCCUUCCCGCUAGCAACUCCUGGGGCAUUGUCGCGAGCACAUGGCUGGCGGCUGCUACUGCUCCGCCCCUUGGCCAGGGAGUAGGUCUAAUGGCGUCCAACGUCAAGGGAAACACGAAGAAGUCAGUUGUCAGCGCCGUUUUCUUCAUCUUCUACUGUGUUGGAUGUAUCGUGGGCCCGCAACUAUGGCAGAAACAGGACGCUCCGCGAUACCGAAAGGGCUGCAUCGCUAGCAUUGUCAGUUUUGGGUGUCUGGUUAUCGCAUUCCUCGUCCACUACUUUACGGCUAAGAGGUCUAACAAGAAGCGAGACAAGGCUGCCGAGGAGUUGAACGAUGUCGAUCUGGCUGGCAUGGCAACUGACUCUGACUUGACGGAGCGCCAGGACAAGGGUUUUAGAUAUAGCUACUGA